AUGUAUUUCUUUAGGAACAUGAGCCAAUCUGGGAAAUUUAAAGUAUUUAUUACCCGUCCGGAUAUGCCUGAAAACGGCGUAAAAAUGUUAAAGAAACAAUGUGACGUAACAGCUUGGAAAGCGCCCUUACCGAUCCCGAGAGCGGACCUGUUAAAGUCCAUCUCUGGGGUCAAUGCUAUUUUCAUAUCUAUGAAAGAUAGAAUUGAUGGAGAAGUGUUGGAUGCAGCUGGCCAUGAAUUAAAGGUUGUAGCAACAAUAUCGGUGGGCUACGACCAUAUAGAUGUAGCAGAAUGUAAAAAAAGAGGCAUCAGAAUUGGGCACACGCCUGGAGUGUUGACUGAUGCCACAGCUGAAUUAACUAGUACAUGCAACAGCAAACCAAGCAAUUUCGGGCAUAUGAAGAGGAUUACUCUUAUCUAG